AUGGGUAGGUCAGACGAAGGCGUUGAGGCUGACAAAUUCCCGGAUAUCAACAAAACAGGAGACAAAUCCGUCCAGCUUGUCGAAGACAGAGGGCCUUCGAGUCAUGCCGGAGGGCUGACGAUCUUCACAGCGGCUGUGUUCAUGGUGGGGGAAAUGGCUGGGUCUGGGGUACUCGCUCUACCACAGUCAUUGGACCAAGCAGGUUGGAUUGGCAUGUUACUAAUAGUGGGCUGCUCUAUCCUGUCCGCUUACACUGGAAAAAUUUUAGGCGAAUCUUGGAUUAUGAUUCAAGAUAGAUAUCCACAGUACCAGGGUCACAUGAGGUAUCCUUAUCCAGCUAUUGGUCAAGUAACUUACGGAAAGCCGGGAAGGUAUUUGGUGUCUUUCUCCGUCAACUUUACCAUGCUUGGUGGAUGCACCGUUUUCUUGUUACUAGCAGCGGAGAAUAUACAGGAUCUGAUCAAAGAUGUGGGCCAUAACAUAUCCUUUUGUUAUUGGCUCCUCUUGGUAGCCGCCAUGUUGCUUCCGGUCACGUGGUUGGGGACUCCGAAAGAUUUCUGGUUUGUAGGCGUCGGAGCAGCAGGAGCCACAUCGGUAGCCUGUGUCGUACUAGUCUCUAAUAUGAUUUACGACGGAGUUCAGCGAAGGGAGGUCGUGCAGCAUUCGUCGCCGUCUUUCACAUAUUUCUUCAUGGCGCUAGGUACAAUUAGUUUCGCAUUUGGGGGUCAUCCUGCAUUUCCCACUUUUCAGACGGACAUGAAGAACCAGAAGAAGUUCGGGCACGCUGUCUUCCUGGCAUAUUUGAUUGUGUUGACGAUGUACCUGCCUGUCUCCGUGGCCGGUUACUUUGUGUACGGUCGUGACGUCAAGGCUAACAUCUUGCUCACAGUGUCGCACGGCCCCAUGUUGUACAUCGUCCAGAUCCUCAUCACAGCUCAUCUCCUCUUCGGAUUCAUUAUAGUACUGAAUCCGGUCUCUCAGGAAAUGGAAGAGGUUCUGAGAGUCCCAAAACACUUCACUUGGAAGAGGUGUGUUGUUCGGACACUAAUGGUGGUCCUCGUGUUGUUUGUGGCAGAGACAAUCCCACGAUUUGGGGGUGUCCUGGCUCUCGUCGGUGGCUCUACUGUUACACUAUUGGCGUAUGUCCUUCCUCCAAUGUUUUACCUGAAGCUGUGUACCAUGAAAGGCGAUUGGGACAGUGUACACGUGCCAUUUCAUAUAAAGGUGAUGAACUGCGAGAUCCUGAUAGUAGGCGUUGUAGCUGGAAUAGCGUCCACCUACUCGGCCGUCACGGACUUAACUGCUCCUGGUUCAUUUACAUUACCUUGUUAUGUAAAUAUGACCUCGGCAGAGGGCCAUUGA